AUGUCCUCCCCCCAAGUCAGCCGUACUCCAACUCUGACGUGUGACUUCUCCCCUCCCAAAGAAAGGUCGUCAGCAUCCAUCGACAUCAGCGAAGGGAUUGCAGUUCCUCUCCCAAACGCCGAUGCUACGUCGUAUGAAUCCCUGUCGCCUAUUCGGAAACUCGUCUUGCUAGGCGUGUUCUGUUCCGCCCAAUUCUUCGAUGUGUUCAAUGCAAGCGCCGUCCUUGUCUCGCUGCCGUCAGUUAAAGACUUGCACUUCGCCCCUGGCACCCUUCAAUGGAUCCUCUCUGCAUACACCCUAACCUUCGCUUCCUUUAUGCUCAUCGCUGGCACCCUCUCCGAUAUAUUCCACCCCAAGCCUAUAUUCUGCCUCGGUUUCUUGUUUGUAGGAUCCCGAGAUGAAGAUGAAGAAGAGCAGCCAGUCAAGAAGUCCCGUGUGUCUGCUGCAAAGAAGACCAUGAAAACCAAGAAAGACAAGAAGACCUCUGCCGACUGUGAUGCAGAGGACAAGGCUGCGAAAGCAGUUGCUAAGAAGAACAUGACACUUAUGUCUAGAAUCCUCCAGCAAAGUGGGGCUGGUGUAGCUCCACCGCCUCGCUCCACCGGCACAGGGAUUCAGAUCCCUUCCACUACCCCGUGCAUUGUCUCUGACCGUGCAUGUCGUCCUGAUCCCGACUCAGGUGACGAUGAAGACCCACAGGUCAACGCCGGUUCCAAAGACGACUCGAACUCCGGUGAUGAAGAAGAACUUGCUGUGGUCAAGGAUAAGGGUAAGGGUAGAGCUAGAGACUUGCACAACCUCGGUGCAGAGUCAGACAAGGACUCGGAGGCUGAUGCGGAUGUGGAGGAUAAAGAGAAUGACGAUGAAGAUGUUGAUGAAGAGGCCGCUGGAGCUGCUGAGGGUGAAGUUGCUGGUGUGGGUGAUGGAAGUGGUGACGACGAGGGUGAUGCGACAAUCAUGGAUGUUGAUAUCAAUAUCACUCCUCGCAAGCCUGCUAAACGCGAUGCUAGCCAGUCCCCACUCACUGACAAGCACACUGGUAAGGCUCAGCGCCGUAACGUCUCUCACUCCAGUGCUGCUUCCAGUGCUGCUUCUCUGCCGGCGCCUUCUCACUCUCCCUCUCCAUCUGACAACUUGCAGGAAUUGCAGGGCGCUUCACGAACCACUGGUGGCUUCACACGUGGUAAUGCCUUUGGCACCGCACCCAACAUGGCUGAUUUUGUUCCUGUUGGUGAUGUCCCGCCCAUCGAGACUCAUGGUAAGGGCAAGGUAGUCAUGCACACCACCUUGGGGAUGACCGACAAGCCCCACUCUGUAACCAUGGCCCGCUUUCCUACGCUGGCACCAAUCCUCAAGAUUCUGACCAGGAAAUUUCCGACUGUGACAGAGUCUGCUAUUUCAGUCUUGGAUGUUGAUGGGGAAUGGGAGGUCGCUGGUCCUUUUGCCCUUGCGCUAGAGGAUGACAUGGAUGUGACUUGGAAUAAUGACUUCAAGUUGUUCAUGCUUUUGGAGCCCCUUCCUGCAGCAUCUACUUCGGCCUUUCCCGCCUUUCCUCCUUCUCUCAUAUCAACUCACUCUGGCAGCUCAGUUGCCCACUCUGGUGGCUCUAUUGCGCCCUCAUCUAUUGCGCCCUCAGCAUCCAUCUCAUCUGUUGGUGUUGCUACUGCAGGUGCACUUCCGCCAGCUCCAGACCACAUCCGUGCAGCUUAUUCCACCAAGCAGCACCUGAUCCCGUACGCCGUUCUUCUUGAGGUCCCAGUCUCCUUGGUUCCUAACACCAAGCCCAAUGAUGGGGACAUCAUAUUGGCGUAUGAGCACUGGAAAGCUGCCAGUACUGCUCGAGAACGACUCAAGGCCAAAUAUGACGCUCACGAUCCCAAAUCCCCUCCUCUUCCUCCCUUUCCAAAUGUCGAAAACACUCGCGCCAUCUACAUGAAUCCCAGCAGCUUCAGCAACUACAAUCCCCUCUUUCUGGCUGCCAUUCAGCAUCCAGAUAUUCUCACAUAUCUGGAGGGUGAUGCUGGAGUGGGCUCGGCCAUCUACAAGAAAUUGUGGGGUGCAGUCAAGCCUGGCAAGGCUACCUUGGGCCAACUGGUGGAACGGAUCAACACUGAGCAGAAGAAGGAGGAGAAGAGGUCUGCAAAGAAGAAGGCUGGGCCAUCCAAAUCGAAUUUCUGUUUACAGACCUACAUGAUGCUGCUAGUGGUGUGGUUCUUGCUUGGACUUGUUCCAUGUGUUGCUGCAGCACCUAAACAAGAUCCUUUCCCAAACAUGCUCUUCACCGAGUUUGCUCAAAGCAUUCAGGACAACUUUGGUCCCAAGAUCAAGCUGUCUACUGUCUUAAUGCUUCUGAUGACUCUUGUCAGUAAUACAGAUCUCCUCAACCUUCAUGGACAACAGCAGGCUUCUCAGCAACAGGAGUCUACUAGCUGGAUGGCUGCCCUGGUCCGUGCUGUCAAAGCAAAGCUCUCUGACAGUGGCUUUGUCUCCCUGUUCACCACUGACAACUUACGGACUUCACGAUCUGAGCAGCAGCAAAUUACGCUUGCAGGCAAGAAACUCAGCCGGUUCAGCCGCUCUCUGUCUCUUGCUUCACACUCCAGUAUUGGGAAUUUCAAGUCCAAACUUCGCCCCAUCUCCACUGCUUCUAUUCAACCCAUCAUUCUUAUCACGCCCAUCGUCAUGGCUUGUCCAACUCUUGACUGUAACGACCAUAGCCUUACUCAAGACCUCCGGGAACGUGAUAUUGCUCAUGUCACAUUGCUCAAGGGGAGUCAGUGCUUGGAGAAAGUCCCUGUUCUGGCUGGCAGAUGCUCUUCCUGCAAUUCACUUUACUGGGCAGAUCACGAGCGGUUCACCCAGAACAACGGUGAUGACUUGUGCUUGUACCUCAACAAUGCCAAGUAUCUCAAGGUUGGCAAAAGUGUCUGGGUCGACCGCACUGUCUCUGGGGCUAUCGUCAAUGCCAACUACAGCUUCCAUGCUUCCACUGCUGCCAUUACCGAGUUUUGGAACUUCUCAUUUGUCAAGCCAAGUGGAGGUACCUUCAAACUUGGACGUCGACAAGUCUGGAAGGCCUUUGUGGAGGAGUCUAUCCGGCAGAUGGCUAAGUUCAACAAGCGCCAGAUUGUCUUUGAAGACAAUCUCCAUCAAUGCUCUGAGGGACAUUCUUGCGAUGAGUGUUGUCAUGCAUUCAAGGAUGUUGCUGAUGUCAUUCCAAGGCAACCCAAUGACCCUGCUGCAGUUGUUGGCCAUGAUGAAAAUCAUGCUGUUCCAGACUAUGCAGGGGAACCUGUUGAUCCAGAUGCAAUGGAGGUUGACAACCAGCCUGCUGCUGUGGUUCAGCCUACUGGCCCUGUUGCACCUGGCAAUCAUGGAGAGGUCUGCAUGAUUGUCAUUGAUGGAAUUGUCAUGGGGCCACGACAUUGCGCAAUGGAAGGGUGCGAGGCAGGACUUGAGAAUGCCCAAACUGGGGUGUUCUGCAAGAGGCAUGCAGAGAGGAUGGAAAACAAGUGCCAUAUGAAGGGAUGUGGCAAGGUCAAGGUUGGUGACACGAAGGCCUGUCAAGAUCACCAGGGGCAGUGGGCCACAUUUCGCAGGCAAUAUGCCAACACCUCACUUCUUGGAGUGCAGCGGAUGUUGAGAAGAGCUCAGGAGGAGAGACAGGAAUGGUUGCCUGUUGGUGGAGGAGCAGAGGCGCCAGAGCAUGAUGACCUUGCAGAGCAGGAGGUUGAACAGACCAUCUGUGCUCCAUGUGGUGUGGUCCUUGCCUGGCACAAGUUUGCCAAGUCAGAAGGGGUGGCCAAGAUUCUUCGGUUCCUUGAAGAUGUCUAUCCUGAUCCUGCCUCACGCCCCAGCUACAUUGCCAUUGACAAGGGGUGCGCCUUACUCAAGCAUAUUGUCAGGCAAGGUCACUGGCCUGCUUGGGAGCCAACAACUAGGAUUAUUGUGGACUCAUACCACUACAUCAACCACUGGAUCACUGAUCAUCUUUGCCGGACCUGGUGCAAUCCAGCACCCCUCAAUGGAGAUGCACCAAAUCUUGUAGUUGUUGCCAAUGACAAGCAAGGCAACCCUUACUAUAAGAGGGCUUUCAACACUCAGGCCUGUGAACAGCUCAAUGCAUGGAUUGGAGGUUUCCAGACUGUUCUCAACCGAAUAACAGUUAGCAACUUUGACUUCACGAUGCAUGUGCUGUUAUUCAUACACACUCAAUGGGUCAUUGCCAAGCAGGAGGAAAAGAAGAGGAAUCAAGAAGCAGGAAUAGAAAUGACAGACAGUGAUGAGGAGAGUGAGGAUGAAGAAGACUCAGAGAGUGAAGAGGAGAGUGAAGAGGAGGAGGAGAGUGAGGAGGAGGAGGACUAA